AUGGAAAUUUGUGAUACACAUUCACCAAUGGCCAAUUUAUCGCAGUUUUUAAAGCCAGAAGAGCUCCCAAAGUAUUUUGGAAUCGAUGUAGAUGGAACUCUUUACACAAAGAAUGUCGAAGGAUUUGAAAGGAAUGUAAAGGCCAUAACACAAAUCAGGAAGAGAGGCUACAUUCCAUUCAUUUGUACAGGGCGAUCAAGGAAAACAUCAUUUAAUCUCUUUGGACCAGACUUUGUGGAAAAGACUGGGUACAGGGGCUACCCUGGAGUCUACAAAAACGGUGCUGUUGUUUAUGAUGAAAAGGGUGAUAUCCUAAGUCUUUGUGCCUUUUCUGAGGAUUUUCUGACAAAAUUCUCCAACUUUCUCACGGAAAACAAAUGCGCAGAUAAAGUAAUAUUCUUUACAGAAGACUAUGAGCAUUCACUCGCUGAUGUUUGUCCAGAGUGGAGAGAAAAUCUCAUUUCAAUAAAUCGCAACAUACCAAAAACUCUGACUUUUGAAGAGCUCCUCAAGAAGAAUGUCGUCAUGAUCAAGUACGCUUAUUUUAAACUAGACCUCCCAGAUUUAAAAGAGGGUAUUGACUAUAUUGAAAGGGCAGAUCAAGACCAUACUCGCGAUUUAUGCCCUCCAGGAGUCACAAAGGCGAGUGCUCUAUCCACUCUUAUAAACCACUAUGGUCUCUCUCCAAAAGAUUGUGGAUUCAUAGGUGACUGUUACAAUGAUGUAGAAUGUCUUAGGAUAUGUAGUCCAUCAUUUGCAGUUGCAAAUGCCAAGGACGUAGCCAAAAGGAGUGCCCAGUGGGUACUAGACAAAACCUGUGACCAAGGAGCAGUUGCAGAGGCCCUUCAACUCACAUAUGGGCCUCUAUAA